UCGUCCAAAAUACUGUGCUAUGGAUCUACUUUUCAGCAUUUAUUUCUGACUAAUCAACUCAUUUUCUCAUGCUCUCUUGUCUCUCUGCAGCAGACGUAUAGAGAGCAAUAUGUUUAGAACAUUAAAUCACAAUAAAACCAGCAGUGUCGAAUCCCAAUACAUAUUCAAUUGGCACCUACGUUUCGUGAUAAUAUCGUGACGUCCCUGGCAAUUCCCAGCUCUAGUCAACAAGGUGUUUGACUAGGUCUUCAGAUUAGGAUGAUUUAUAGAUGUAGCAGUGUGCUGUGCAGGAUUUACAAAUUGUAGCCCAGUUGUUUCUAAGGCUACAUUUAGUCCUGUCAUCUGGAUCAUUGGGGUCACACAGCCAUGCCCAGUGUUGCUGCAUCAGAAAUGAAAGAGUUCAAAGAAGCUAGCAUAAGAAGGCACGCCUACAACCAGUUUGGAUCUGGCAAUGGGAAUAUUCUGUUGCAAAGGUUGUGGUUUCUAGUCCCCUUACAGGUUCCUUUGUUUGUAUGGUAGUUGGCUAUUUAAACAGUGUUGUGAAACUGUAAAGGAGGCAUUCACAAACUAGGAGUAGAUACAAUUAAUGUUGCUUGUUUUGUUACAUUUCGCUACACGUCAAGUAAGUAAAGCACACAAUGCCCAGUCACUGGUAACCAGUUGCCAAGUUUAAAUCUCUUAAACUGUUUGCAUCCGGUGUGGUGAGAACAUUGCUGUUGCUGUGGAAACGGUAGGGUCUAAUUAUUGGUUGUCUUUGUCAUUGUGGCUGGAAUACUCUCUGUGGUAUUUUUGUGUUCCCUCUCUCUGGCUCCUCCAAGCCCUCUUCUCUCUUUAGGGACUUCUGUCUCAUCACUGAUUUACGUCAGUAUAUGUCCCACUCACUUUUAGCCCCUCUAAUGCUGUACCACUCGUAUGAUGGUCUCAUCCCUCCCUUGAGACCCUUCCCAGGAAAAUAACAACUUUAAACACACAUGUUGGAGCCCUGCAGUCUGUGGGCCGGGGCUAGCUAGCUUGAGCAAAAGCAGAUGUUUCUAGAUGGUGGAAGUUUGAACGAGUGCAGACAUGCAGUGGUAAGUGCUACCUCGUCUCCCUGAUGUUGAGUGGCUCCUCCAGGAUAUGUGGGUUUGGGAUAGCGAUCAAACGCCAAGUGUUCCUAGCUCGGCGUGUUAGUCGUCUGUGUUCUACAACACUGUUACUUCUGUCUUCCAGUUUACCCUUCAAAAGCCGCCCCACAGCAACACAUUCCCCGCUGCUCUUUUAGAUGGAUCAUAUUCUGUGGUAUGUUCCUAGCCACGGGGACCCGUAGCACAAAGACAGAUUCUCACAGGUACCACAUGUAUAUGAGAAGGCUAUUUUGUUACGCACAAGCCAGCGGUAACCUUAAGAUGGGGGUGGUGGUAAUAUGGAGUGGUUUAUAUUCACAGGAAAAGAGAGCAGUUUACUGGAAUAUGGGUGUUUUUUCCAUCCGUUUUCUAAUUGCCUCUUGGUUCCUGUUCUCCCCCGAGGUGUGUCAUUACAAACUGCCGGCCUCAAAGAAUGGCCUGUUGACUGCAUCAAAAAGGCCUGGAGGGUCUUGGAUGGAACUAAUUUAGAUGGGUACCAAAUGGUGUUCCUUUACUGUUGGGCUUAGUUAGUAAUAUUGUAAGAAGGCAAGUGCAGUAUUUAGUUGGUUGGUUUAUUCACUGGAUCAGUUGUGGUUAACGGUGGUUAUCCUGGAGAAAAUUAUAACCCUUUUACAUCAUGUUCUUGAAAUGCCACUAUGGAGGUGUUAUCUACUGUUUUACUCGUCAAAUGCCCUUUGGGGCAUUUCCAUCGGCUAACUAAAAUCCUAUAACGUUGCAUAUUGUUCGCUUACUCUUUUAAUCAAAUUGGUGUGGGGAAUGGGAAAUUUAAAAAAUACUAUUUACCUUGGCUGUGUUGAUGUCCUCUAUUGCAUUCCUCAAGGAUGGGAGAGGGUGGGGGCAUGGGGAUGAAUGGAACCUAUUCAGCACAUGCAAAUAUGUUUCCCCCCCAUUUUCUACAUGCAUGUUGUUCCUUUGGCCUCUGUUUCCCAAUGUAAGCUAAUUAGGAAAAAUAUAGUAAAGAGCCUGUUUUUGAUCAUUGCAGUCGCCAUUAGCAAACGUUGUUAGGUAGCCAGCACAUCCCUAGUCACGUCCUCAGAGCAUGUGCAGACCAGCUGGCUGGUGUGUUUACGGACAUAUUCAGUCUCUCCCUAUCCCAGUCUACAGUCUCCACAUGCUUCAAGAUGGCCACCAUUGUUCCUGUUCCCAAGAAAGCUAAGGUAACUGAACUAAAUGACUAUUGCCCUGUAGCACUCACUUCUGUCAUCAUGAAGUGCUUUGAGAGACUAGUCAAGGAUCAAAUCACCCUACCGGUCACUCUAGACCCACUUUAAUUUUCUUACCGCCCCAAUCGGUUCACAGACGAUGAAAUCGCCGUCACACUGCCCUGUCCCAUCUGGACAAGAGGAAUACCUAUAUGAGAAUGCUGUUCAUUGACUGUAGCUCAGCAUUCAAUACCAUAGUACCUUCCAAGCGCAUCAUUAAGCUCGAUGCCCUGGGUCAUUGGGUGCUGGACUUCCUGGUGGGCUGCCCACAGGGGGUGAAGGUAGGAAACAUCUCCACUUUGCUGUGGGGCCCCUCAAGGGUGUGUUCUCAGCCCCCUCCUGUACUCCCUGUUCACCCAUGACUGCGUGGCCAUGCACGCCUUCAACUCAGUCAUUAAGUUUGCAGACGACACAAUAGUAGUAGGCUUGAUCACCAACAACGACGAGACAGCCUACAGGGAGGAGGUGAGUGUUGUCAGGAAAAUAAUAUUUUACUCAAUGUCAACAAAACAAAGGAGAUGAUCGUGGACUUCGGGGAAACUGCAGAAGAAGCACCCCCCUGUCCACAUCGAUGGGACAGCAGUGGAGAAAGUGGAAAGUUAAGUUCCUCAGUGUACAUAUCAUGGACAAACUGAAAUGGUCCACCCACACAGACCAUGUGGUGAAGGUGGCAAAAUUGCACCGCCCACAACCGCAGGCCUCUCCAGAGGGUUGUGCAGUCUGCACAACGCAUUACCGCGGGCAAUCUACCUGCCCUCCAGGACACCUACAGCACCCGAUGUCACAGGAAGGCCAAAUAUUAUCAAGGAAAACAACCACCUGAGCCACUGCCUGUUCACCCCGAUACCAUCUAGCAGGCGAGGUCAGUACAGGUGCAUCAAAGUUGGGACCAAGAGACUGAAAAACAGCUUCUAUCUCAAGGCCAUCAGACUGUUAAAUAUCCAUCACUAACACAGAGGCUGCUGCCUACAUACAGACUUGAAAUCAUUGGCCACUUGAGUAAAUGGAGCACUUGUCACUUUAAUGAUGCCAUUUUAAUAAUGUUUACAUAUCUAGCAUUACUCAUAGAAUACAGUAUAUACAUAUGAUAUCUAUUGCAUCGUAGCCUAUGCCGCUCUGUCAUUGCUCAUCCAUAUAUUUAUAUUCUUAUUCCAUUCCUUUACUUAGACUUGUGUGUUAGGUAUUUGUUGUGGAAUUGUUAGAUAUUACUGCACUGUCAGAAAUGGAAGCACAAGCAUUUUGCUACUUUCGCAAUAACAUUGCUAACCAUGUGUAUGUGACCAAUAACAUUUGAUUUGAUAUACGUUAUGAGCUAGAUUUAAACUCACAGCAGCCCAGACCUAGUGGCUCCAAGAGGCAAAGCAUUGAGUUGCCGUUCUUAAUUAAGGCGUCAUAACUGGUUUCGCAAAUAUUGUGUGCAGCUUGGUAAUUGCUGGGAGAAAUGUACACCUAGCUGUUGGUCCGAGGAGAAUCAGCCUUUUCUGUGUUCAGGCCAAAAGUCAGGAGUUUGGUUUGGCCUAGCAGCUCACCUCACCUGGUGCCACAGGCUAGGGUUCCUAUGGUGACGGAGUGACAUUCAAGGCUGCCCCGGUACCGGCCCCAUUCUUGAGGUGUAAUUGUCUCCUGCUCGCCUGUUAACUCUUAAAAGAGGAUCAGACGAGCUUUUCUCCUGCGCCUCAAACGUACCCAAUAUAAUGACCUGCGCCACAGCCAAUGGCAAUGACAGCAAGAAGUUCAAAGGUGACAUAAGGAGCCCGGGCAUCCCGUCGCGUGUAAUCCACAUGCGCAAGCUCCCCGACGACAUCAACGAGGCUGAGGUCAUCUCCCUGGGCCUGUCCUUUGGUAAAGUCACCAACCUGCUCAUGCUCAAAGGAAAAAACCAGGCCUUCGUAGAGAUGAACACGGAGGACGCGGCCCAGGCCAUGGUCAGCUAUUAUGCCUCUGUGACGCCUGUCAUCCGCAACCAUCCCAUCUUCCUGCAGUACUCCAACCACCAGGAGCUCAAGACUGACAACUCCCCCAACCAAGUGAGAGCCCAGGCGGCACUGCAGGCGGUGAAUGUAUUGCAGACGGGGGGCAUGCCCAUGGCAGGGGUGGAUGCCUCGGCCGGCAUGAGUGGGGCCAGCCCCGUCCUGCGUGUCAUAGUGGAGAACCUCUUCUACCCCGUCACCCUAGACGUGCUGCAUCAGAUCUUCUCCAAGUUCGGAGCGGUGCUGAAGAUCAUUACUUUCACCAAAAACAACCAGUUCCAGGCCCUGCUGCAGUACUCUGACGGCCUGACUGCUCAGCACACAAAACUUUCUUUAGAUGGGCAGAACAUCUACAACGCCUGCUGCACCCUCCGCAUCAACUUCUCCAAGCUGACCAGCCUGAAUGUGAAGUACAACAAUGACAAGAGCCGGGACUACACGCGUCCCGACCUGCCCACGGGGGACAGCCAUCCCUCAAUCGACCACCAGGCUAUGGCUGCAGCCUUCGGUGAGUACUAUGGUCCUCCCGGGAUUAUCUCGGCCAACCCAUAUGCGGGAGCUCACGCCUUCCCCCCAGCCUUCACCAUUCAGCAAGCUGCAGGCCUGACGAUGCAGGGGGUUCCUGGAGGCCUGGCCCAUCUGACCAUGCCUGGGGCUGCAGCGGCUGCAGGCAGAAUGGGCUUCCACCAACUCACCGGUGGCAACUGUGUUCUGCUGCUCAGUAACCUCAACCCAGAGAGAGUUACGCCCCAAUGCCUCUUUAUUCUUUUCGGUGUAUAUGGUGAUGUAAUGAGAGUGAAGAUCCUGUUCAACAAGAAGGAGAACGCUCUGAUCCAGAUGUCUGAUGGGACUCAGGCGCAGCUAGCAAUGAGCCACCUGAAUGGCCAGAGGCUACACGGGACAGCGCUGCGAGUCACCCUGUCCAAACACACCAACGUUCAGCUGCCCCGUGAGGGCCACGAGGACCAGGGCCUGACAAAGGACUACAGCAACUCCCCUCUGCACCGCUUCAAGAAGCCCGGCUCCAAGAACUACUCAAACAUAUUCCCUCCCUCAGUCACCCUGCACCUCUCAAACAUCCCUCCCUCUGUGGUUGAGGAUGACCUUAAGAUGCUGUUUGCGAGCUCUGGUGCAAUGGUCAAGGCCUUCAAGUUCUUCCAGAAAGACCGCAAGAUGGCUUUGGUCCAGAUGGACUCAGUGGAGGAGGCCAUCGAGUCCCUUAUCAAGUUCCAUAAUCACGACCUGGGCGAGAACCACCACCUGAGGGUGUCCUUCUCCAAAUCCACUAUCUGAGGGGGCAGCCCAAAACGCUACUGCUAACGGGCCGUAGUGAGUUGUGGUGACUCGGCUCUUCACUAGUAGCCUCAACCACAGAAUUCACUUACAUCAUUCCUAGUAUAUGAUAUUUAUAUACACAAAGCUAUAUACAUUGACCUAUGGAAAAAGUAAUUUAACACCUGGUUUUACUGGGGUUUUACAUUCUUAGUUUUCUAUUAUCUUGCCUUUUUGAGGUGAAUGAAUUCCUUGCUCUGUCUCUCUGCACAGACACAAGUAGUUUACACUUGCCUUUCUGAGUCUGACUAAAGACACUCACCUAGCCUAAACUUCAGCCUACUGGAAAGUUCCAUUUGCCUUUGGGGUCCAGUACCACUAGGCACUGAGGUACUUCUGUGAUGCCUCAUGUCCUCUUUGCCUUCUGAUGUUUUCUGUGCCUUACUAAAGAAGUCUUACGUCCUUCAAAUUUAUAUUUUGGGCAUUUUACAAGAUAAUUGUUUUGGCCAUCUUCCCCUCUCAAACCCUUUGUUUGCAAAGACCAGGUUUACAGCUGAUUUAUGGGUUUACCAUUUUGUAUGAAAUGUAUUACAAGGUUGUCCAUUCCCCCCCCCAUAUAUCAUGAAGGUGUCUUUUAUCAUUUUUUUGACUUGUUUUAAAGCACCCUCUUGUUUUAAAAGUUGAGAACUAGUUGCAAGAUUCAAUCCACAAUGCUAUAUAUACAUACACGCCGGUACAAUGGGUUAUGUGAUUCAUAUUCCUAGUCUUGUUUAAUGUAUCUCUGGAUGUAGGUUGUUUAGAAUUUUCUGAAAUGUAUGCAAUCAUUUUUGUACAAAUCCAAUAUUGGCCACAAUUGUUAUUCCAAUAUACUGUUGGUUGUAGACAGGUCUUGGUCAGUGGUUGCCUUAACCACUGUGCCUUUGCAAAAGGUCUAUUGGCUGAGCUUUCCUGAUAAAAGUGUAUUGUUUAUGAUUUUUGUCCUAAUUGCUUGCCUCCCUCUGAUGCAGUGACUGUUUGAUUUAGUACAUUUGUACAACUUCUGUCAUACACUUCAGCUCAAAACCAAAUGAGGCUUUUUUGCAAGUUAUUGUAGCUAACAUGAGACUCACAGCUUUAUUCAUAGUUCACUACCAGUGUGGGAGUCUGCCCGCACAUUGUUGCACAUUUACAAGGCUCUUUUGAGUCUUACACAUAUGCAGACUAUUUGCGACUGUGCUGCUGUGAUCUAUGAAUUAAGCUUCUCAGUUCGUCAUUCAUCUUGGCAUUAAACUGUCAUAUCAUUUACAAUUGCGUCUAAGAACGAAUGAUGGUCAUUUUACAUGUUAAGAAAUGUGUGAAUAUUUUCAAAAGUCUGUCACUCAUAAGUGUUCACAAAGGCCUUCUCAUGAGGGGUUAGUAGACUUAUGUUACAGGGCUGUAACUUACUUCAUUCAGUCAAUGCUAAAAGCGGCUAUAUGGCACCCUCUCUGUCAUGGUAGUCUAGGAACUGGACUCGUCUGGACAACGUGCCUCUCAAUUUGAGAUCCAUUUAGCAAUUUUUGGACAGGUGCUUUUCAAACGUUGGGGCCUUUUUUUGGUCUGUUGUAAUGAAUGUGUUGUUUCUGGCUUACAAGCCCUCAGACUUGUAGGAAUUGCACACGUCAGACAACUAUACGUCAGCAGUGACGCUAUACGCUGGCUACAUUGAUGGACACGUUGUAGACCACUUAUGAAUAGUUAUUUGAAAGGUCGGUAUUAAUACAUAGAUAUUUCACUUGUGCAUCAUUUUCUGUUGGAAAUGUUGAGUAAGUGGUUCUUUUAGUUUUUCACAAUUUAGUUGUGCAUCAACUCCUCAGUUUCUCCCAAUGUUGACCUGGUGCAAAAGCAAUAAUAGAAUUUCAGCGUCAUAGGGCUCAGCCGUUUUGUUCAAUCACUUGAGGUUCCUUGACCAUAUCAGUUUAUUACAUGCUAACCUAUGCAUGGACUCCAAUGUAGAAGAAUCACAAUUUGUAGACAACUCAACCUGACUUAAGGAUAAGUGACACUUGCUUCUAUAUCAAUAUGUAGCAUGUGUUGACAAUAAAGCCCUUUUACGUACUUUGCAUACCCCAGGCCAUAGCAAGAGUGGGUUUACCAAUUAUGCAAAAUUGCAAAGCAUUUAAAAUAAUUACAACCUCGAUCACUAAAGAUGGCAGAUUUUCUUCAAGGUGAUGUUGCUUGCUGGGAGGGUUGGGAUGAAAAGCUGUGUAUAAUGAUUUUCUUUUUCUUUUUGUACCACAAAAAGUAUCUAUUCAGAAGCAAUAUAGGUUUUAUAUCAAUGAAACAUUAAUAUUUUGAUUAUAGCUUGGGACCAUUCUUGAGCCUCUCAGUUAAGUGUCAUAGAAAACAAAUGACAUUUGUUUUGUAACACAAAUGUAAAUUAUUUUGUCAUUGUGUAGUGUUCUGUAUAGCUCACACUUUCCUGGUUCUUGUGCCUUCAAUAAAUAUUUUCUCUGCUUUUUA